AUGCGCAGGAGUGACCUGCUGGCGUUGAUCAAGGACGCACCGCAUCGAUUGAUACCUCGCUGUGUGAUCACUCAAAGCUCAGGGAAGCAGCGCAUCAUCGACAGUGCCGACCAGGGAGGACAAACUAUGUACUCUGCUGACUUCAACAAGUUGGUUCUUUGUUCGCCCCUGCGGCCAGCACAGCGCAUACAGGCAACCUUGGCCACCAUGACGGUGACACAACAGCAAGAGGCAGCUCAGACAGACGCCUGGGAGACAGGUGGCUCACCCAUGCGAGAGAGCGAUACACUUGGCUGUAUGGUGAUGUUUUACCACCAUGUGUGGCAAGAACCGGCGUUUCAAGUUUAUGCAGGUCUUUUUUUUGGUCUCCCUCUAGCGGUGACAUCCUUCAAUCGAUAUUCUCGGUUGGUUGAAGCCCUGGGGCGGCGUCUUUGUGGCGCCUUGGUGAGUCUAUAUUUUGAUGAUGCCUCACUGACAGACUGGCGCUCCAGCCAAGGUUCCGCCCAAUGGGCAUUUAAAACCCUCAAUGAGUUGCUCGGCACACCGUUGGCCCCGGACAAGAGGCUGGCAAACUUCUUGGAACAGGGCAUGUACACGCGCAUUGGCUGUAGUGGUUUGGGCGCCAUCAAACAGCGUCAGUUGUCAAAGGACCGGAUACUUACCCCUGAGCUAUAG